UGCGCCUGCGCUUGCGCGGGCUUAUCCGCCGUUUGGAACCAUGGCGGCUGCAGGUGGCGAUGCCCAAGCUGACUACGUGUUGGGCCUCGAUCUGGGCACUACGUCCGUGAAGGCGGUGCUGCUGGAGGCCGGUCCCCGUCGAGAGCCCCUGAUGCCCACGGCCAGCGCCAGCCAGGCCACACGAGCCGACGUGUUCCCGAGCGGGGAGGCCGGGUCCGAGGGCCGGGAGCAGGACGUGCACAGGAUCCUGUGGGCUCUGAACGAGUGUCUCGGGGCUCUGCCCGCGUGGCAGCUGCGGAGGGUCCGCUGCAUCGGCGUGUCGGGACAGAUGCACGGGGUCAUGUUUUGGAACGGCAGCCACGCUUGCACCUGGGAGCAGAGGGGCCCCCACGGCGUCUUUGAGCCGCAGCGCGUCAGCCACCUGGUCACCUGGCAGGACGGGCGCUGCUCCAGCAGCUUCCUGGCCUCCCUCCCGCGGCCCGAGUCCCACCUGAGCGUGGCCACGGGAUUCGGCUGCGCCACCAUCUACUGGCUGUCGCGCCACAGCCCCGAGUUCCUGGGGCCGUUCAGCGCGGCGGGCACCAUCCAGGACUACGUGGUGGCCAUGCUGUGCGGCCUGCAGAGACCCCUCAUGUCCGAGCACAACGCCGCCAGCUGGGGGUACUUCAGCACCGAGCGCCGGAGCUGGAACACCCGCAUUUUGGAGGAGUCCGGCUUUCCCACCCGCCUGCUCCCGGACGUGGCCGAGGCCGGCGCCAUCGCGGGGACAACUGCCCACGAGUGGUUUGGCAUCCCCCGGGGGACCAAGGUUGGCGUGGCCCUGGGGGACCUUCAGUGUUCCGUGUUCUCCUGCAUGUCUCAGAGCACAGACGCAGUCCUCAACGUCAGCACCUCCGUCCAGCUGGCGGCCUCCAUGCCGCCCGGGUUUAAGCCCGCGGAGCGUCCGGAGCCCUCGGACCCAGUGGCUUACUUCCCCUACUUUGGCCGGACCUACUUGGGCGUCGCCGCGUCCCUAAACGGCGGCAACGUGCUGGCCACCUUCGUCACCAUGCUGGCGCGCUGGAUGGCGGACCUGGGAGCGGACGUCGCGGAGGGCCAGAUCUAUGAGCAGAUGAUCCGGGCGGCCCUGACCCAGACGGACACCCAGCUCACCGUCAGCCCGACGCUCCUGGGGGAGAGACACCUGCCGGAUGCGCUGGCGUCCGUGAGCAGCAUCUCCCCCGCCGCCCUGUCCCUCGGGCACGUGAGCAGGGCGCUGUGCCGCGGCGUCGUCCGGAACGUCCACACCAUGCUCCCGUCGCAGCGGCUGCAGGAGUGGGGCGUCCGGAGGCUGGUGGGCAGCGGCAGCGCCCUGGCCAGGAACGAGGUGCUGCGGCAGGAGGUGGAGAGGGCCUUCCCCCUGCCCGUCUCGUACGGCCGGGACGUGGACGCCGCGGCCGGGGCCGCCCUGGCCAUGCUGCGGGAGAGCGCGGCGGGGGGCAGCUGACACCCCAGCUCCUCCCAGUCGUUCCUGACGACUGACCUGAUGAAAUCAACCAAAGAUCUGCAUCUUCGAAUAGCUCCAAUCUUCAUCUAAAUCAAUCGGGGGGCGGGCCGCCGGACAGGUUUCUCAAGGGCUCCCCGACCCCUGCUCCCCCCGACAUCUGACCCGCUGGAGGACGCCCAGAGUGAGGAAGAGCUGAAGCGAGGGGGGCCCGAAGAGGAGAUUUGGGGGGUCUGCUCAGGGUCAGCGAGAACUCGCCCUGGAGGAGAACGAGGAGGACCUGCUCCCCCUGGCUGAGAGGGGGCAGCUGCCAGCUGUUUGAAGUCCCUCACCCGCUGGCCCUUAUUGAACCACAUCUGAGCUGUGGGGACCAAUGUCUUGGGUGGGAAGCCCGGCCCUGGUUGGGGGGAAACCUGUUGUGGAAGCGGACUCAGGAUGAUUGUCAAGUGAUGUUUUGUGAUGAUUAAACGGGCGAGGCUCCGGACACUC